CCCGGUCCACAGAACUGUGAGGCAGAUGCUGUCGCCAUAAAAUACUACUAUAUAGAAACAAAGUUUUGCUUUGUAUUGACGGUAGAAAAAAAUGCCUUUAGAAUUUGCGUCACAUGCUUAUGUGUCUGUUGGAAGGGGGGUGGGGGGAUAUUUUACAAUGUCUAAAUAUUAGUAGGGGGGACCAAUGAUCUUUCCCAGCUGUGGAAAAUAUGUUUGCCUAAAGAGGAGGAAAACAGGCAGACUCCAGCCACAUUUUACUAUUUGUCUGUGCGUGCUUCUCUUGUGUGUGUGCGUGUAUAUAAAAUAAGGAAUUCUGUUGAAAUAAUACAAGUUACUGUGAGUCUUCUGGAACAAAGUAUCAUAACAAGAUGGAUCUUUGGCUACUCACGCUAGCGUCGUCAUUGGCACUUCUGACCUUCAGUUUAGCGCAACGCGAGGUAAGCGUUUGCAUCAAGGCCAACGCUCGGUCGUGCAAUGAGUGCAUCCAAGUUGCGGAGUCAUGCGGGUGGUGUGCAGAUGAGGAAUUCCUCUCGGCGGGCGAGUUCAAAUCUGCUCGCUGUGACGACCUUGAGUCUCUCAAGGCCAGGAAGUGCAACUUGGCUAAAAUAGAGAAUCCUCGCGGCAGCAUUGUCAUCACCGAGAACAAACCCUUCUCCGCACGCAACAAUGAUCAGCAUGUCACGCAGAUCCAGCCUCAGAAGCUCACCCUCAACCUCAGAUCUGGUGAACCACAGACUUUUGAUGUGAAGUUCAAGCUAGCUGAGGACUACUCCUUAGACGUGUACUACUUGAUGAACCUGUACUUCUCCAAGAAGGAUGACAUGGACAAUGCCAAGAUCCUGGGCACAGACAUCAUGUCACAAAUGCAGAGCAUCACCUCAGACUUCCGCAUUGGGUUUGGAUCAUUUGUUGGGAAGAGGGGGAUGGCAGGGUCCCAUGACCCAUGCAUAGGUGACCAGAACUGCAGCAGCUAUAAGAACAUUCUGCAGCUGACGAAUAAUGGAGGGGAGUUCACCCAGCUGCUCAACCUACAGCAGAUCCCGGAAACCCAGGACUCUCCAGAGGGAGCCUUGGACGCCAUAAUGCAGGCGGCCGUUUGUGAGGAGCAGAUCGGCUGGAGGGACGUGCCUCGCCUCCUCAUCAUCUCCACAGAUGCAGGAUUCAAUUUUGCCGGAGAUGGAAAACUGGGUGGCGUCAAGCUCCCCAAUGAUGGAAAUUGUCACCUGGAGAACAACAUGUACACCAUGAGUCACCACUAUGACUAUCCCUCCAUUGCCCAGCUAGUCCAGAAACUAAAUGACCACAAUAUCCAAAUCAUCUUUGCUGUUACCGAGGAACUGCAACCAGUUUUCAAGGAGCUGAAAAAUCAAAUUCCCAAAUCGGCAGUGGGUAUGCUGUCUUCCAAUUCCAGCAACAUCAUCAAACUCAUCACAGACGCCUACAACUCUUUGUCCUCUCAGGUCAUUUUGGAAAACAGCAAGCUUCCAAAAGGAGUUUCCAUCACCUAUAAAUCUAUCUGCAAGAACGGCUUGGAGGGGACUGGCAAAAAUGGCAGAAAGUGCUCUGACAUCUCCGUUGGAGAUGAGGUGACUUUCAAGAUCUCCAUUGAGUCUCAGGAGUGUCCAUCACGCGGCAAGCCAGAAAGCAUCAAAAUCAAACCAGUAGGCAUCACCGAAGAGGUUGAGGUGGUCCUGAACUUCAUCUGCGAAUGUCAGUGCUCGGCCAAGGGAGAGCCCAACAGCAACAAGUGCAACAGACAUGGGACUUUUGAGUGCGGCACCUGCAAUUGCAACCCAGGCCAUGUUGGCAAUCUGUGCGGGUGCAACACGGACGACCUUUACAUGGAGGAUGUGGAUGCCAACUGCCGCAUGAACAAUGGCGCAGACAUCUGCAGUAACAAUGGCGACUGUGUGUGUGGAAGUUGUGAGUGCAAGAAGAGGUACAACCCUGCUGAGAUCUAUAGCGGAAAGUUCUGUGAGUGCGACAACUUCAACUGUGACCGCGCCAACAACAAGCUUUGCGGAGGCCAUGGCCGCUGCGAGUGUCGCAUGUGUGUGUGCGACCGCAACUACACGGGCAGUGCUUGCGACUGCUCCCUGGACAUAUCCACGUGCAUGGCAAAGAAUGGGCAGAUCUGCAACGGGCGAGGAACCUGCAACUGUGGAACCUGCAAAUGCACUGACUCCAAAUUCCAGGGACCAACCUGUGAGAUCUGCCCUACCUGCCCUGGAGUCUGUGGACAACACAUGGCGUGCGUCCAGUGUCGAGCAUUCCAGACAGGCGAGAAGAAGGACACCUGCAAGCGUGACUGUGAUUACUUUGUGUUGACCAAGGUGAACGACCUUCAGAGUCUUCCUCAACCCACUGACAGCUUUCCGAUUAAGCACUGCAAGGAGAGAGACGUACACGACAACUGGUUCUUCUACACCAUUUCCAACAGGAAUGACAUCAAGGAGAUCCAUGUCUUUGGGACGCAGGAACACGACAUGCCGGCUGGCCCCAUGGCGACCUUCCUUCGCACUCACCAUGUUCCCUCCUCCAGUUCUCUCUCUUCCAUCUUGUUUGGACCGACCAAAUGGCUCAGUUUCAUGUGUGUUUUUGCAUUCUCCUUAGUUCUCACUCCUCUGUUUGCAUUUUAAUCUCCCACUAGAGACUUCAAGAACAACAGAGGAGCGAAGCGGGAUGAAAUUUUGGAGAAAUGUAAUGUUCACUGCUCCAUUUCAUCAUUUCAUGGAAACCACAAUUAAAGAUUACAUCACGUUAUUGAUGCGUUAAGCAAAUCUAACAUAUCUGUGUCUGUUAUUAUUGUCACAAUAUGUCCACUUUAUGUUUUAAAUCAAUGCUAAUGGAGGGAAUUGAUAAAGAUGAUAUAGCGGAUGACUCAGUGUGGUAACUAACGACAGCAAUAUAGCUAACGGUUAUUAGCUGUUAAACUGUGAAUUAACUGUGGCUGUGCACAUCUCACAUGUUGCUACCAUCAUGUUAAAACCUCAUGUACAUGUACAGUAAUGACAAGACACACAGGCACGGAUGUGCAAAGUUUGGAAGUAAGAAAAUAGUGAGGGAUUUUGCUUGGGUUACAUUAUAUCUAUCAAUGUGUUAAUUUUUGUUUGCAAUGUAAUAAA